GGGAGGGACUAACGUUUGUCAGUUCGUUCCUCUGCUAUCUAUUUACUUGAACAUACUGCAGCAAGGUUUGAAGAGGCAAAACGAAGAAAUUACGGAAAACAAUUUUGACACAUAACCCUCGGAAGAGCCAUGGCAGCUAUCCGGAAGAAGCUGGUGAUCGUGGGAGAUGGAGCUUGCGGGAAGACCUGUCUGCUUAUCGUCUUCAGCAAGGACCAGUUCCCCGAAGUGUAUGUUCCCACCGUAUUCGAAAACUACAUAGCUGACAUUGAAGUGGAUGGCAAACAGGUGGAGUUGGCCCUUUGGGAUACAGCUGGUCAGGAGGACUAUGAUAGGUUGAGGCCGCUGUCCUACCCUGACACAGAUGUCAUCCUUAUGUGUUUCUCCAUAGACAGCCCAGACAGUUUAGAAAAUAUUCCGGAGAAAUGGACGCCAGAAGUGAAGCAUUUCUGCCCCAAUGUUCCCAUCAUCCUGGUUGGGAAUAAGAAGGACCUUAGGAAUGACGAGCAUACUCGGAGGGAGCUGGCUAAGAUGAAGCAGGAACCAGUCAAACCAGAGGAGGGUCGGGACAUGGCCAACCGUAUCAGCGCCUUCGGCUACUUGGAGUGUUCGGCCAAGACUAAGGAGGGCGUGAGAGAAGUAUUUGAGAUGGCCACCAGGGCAGCCCUGCAAGUCCGCAAGCGCAAGAAGAGGAGUGGCUGCACGCUCUUAUGAGCACCUGAACGAAACGAAACAAACGAAACCUGCCAACAACUGAUACAGCCGCCCCCCCAAGAGGAGUAACCUUUACCAAACGAACAUCAUCUUUGUACUGUACAAUGCAUUUCACGCAAAGCAAAAUGUGGGCAAAAGAGAGACUGACAAAACAUGUUUAUAGCAAAAAAACAAAUCAGCUGUUCUUUUCUGGGUUUUUUUCAUUCUUUUGAUCUUUCUUUCUUUCCAUUCCUUUUUUCUGGACAAUGUCUGUUCUGCCGUGUUUGUUUUAUUCUCACGUUGUUUUCUUUUUGUUUUCCACCAGCAUAUCUUCCUAUUUGUAUGGGAGAAAGAUUCAUUUUGUAUGUAUGUGUGCAUAUAUUUUGGUCUCUCUUCUUCCUUUCCAUUCCAGGUUGUAUUGCUUCUUUAUACAUUGUUUACUCGUAUGGGUUGAAGGCUGAUAGGACUCAUCCCAUGCAUCUGAAAGCUAUAUCAAGAAUACAUUUAAUAUUCAUUCAAACUGUCUGGCCCUGUCUUUGUUACUCAUAUUAGUCUACUGCUCGCUGAUGGUGGGUUUCAGCUCAGUGACUCUGAGCUUCCGCCGAAAUGCGGUUAACCGGCAUUACUAACUGAAUCAGCUCAUUCAAGCUGUCAGUCAGGGUUUGCUCUCCUCCUUAACCUUCUGUCCCUUACGGCAGGAUGAUGUAGCUCUCUGCCCCUACCAGUGUCUGUAUUGUGGAGAAAAUGUGGCUUAUUGCUCCAAACACAGUUAGGCCUGUCAUAUCGGCUCUCUCGGCCAGGCCAAUCAGUCAGCUGCUCGGCCUGCCUGAAGUAGCACAUUUUAGUCUUUAAGCACUGUAAAUCUAACUCUAUGCUCCGCUACCUCCUUUACCCAGUGCCUCUUUGCCAUGUACGCUUUAGCAACCAUUCAGGCUGAAUCCUUUGUUCUCCGGGGCAGCACAAGCACAUCCUGCGAAUGAAAUGACUGAAAAGUGGUGAGAGAUUCCAAGCGUUGUAUUUGAAGGAAGUGACCUGGGAACAGUUUCUUUUGAAAUUGGCCAUGAUGCCCUUCCCUAAGGCUUCCAUUGACCUUACAUGGUCUAAUGUGUAAGCACUGUCGCUAAAGGAUGUAGCCUGUUAUAAACCAAUACAAGCUGUGAGCAUCAUUCUGAGGCUCGUUCUGCAGAGCACUGACCUUCCUUGCCAAACUGUUUGUCCUCUGCAAUGCGGUUCACAGUGCAAAUGAACCUCCAGCCUUGUUCACCAUAACUCUCAUGAUCAGUUGAAUCAUUGAACAGUCAAAACAACAGCUUAAUUAAAAAUUGUGAGGUUUUGGGUAACUAGCGUCCAAUAAGAAUUGUGCUACCAUUAUUAGGGUCCAAUCAGAACAGAGCAUGUCCUCUCAUUCUUGACAUUCAUCAAGUUUUGAAUGAGUUUGUGAAUAGUUUGACUUUUCUCAAUAGUCACCCUUAUGGCUACAGUCCUGAUAGGUUGGUAUGAGUUGAAUUUAAGAUUUCAUCCAAUGAAUGGUUCCAUAUUCGGCAUGCAUCAGACAUAUCAUUGCAUAGCCUGCCAUAACCUUCCAGCAUCGCUGAUCCUAAUAGCAGGCAGCACAGAAAAAAAGUGGAGCUGUUAUAGGUGGAUUACUUAAAAUGCACCCAUCUAAUCUGAGCAGUCAAUAGCCUUAGUGCUUCCUUGGCUUUUCUUUUCAUCAGCAGUCUUCCAUGUAGCCUCUAUCUCUUGCUUAAAGCAUCUGCUGUGUGCUGUCUACAUGUUGCUUCAAAUACAAACAGGCAAACGUCCUAUAGGCAGGGACACCUCUUUACUAAAAUACUAGUCUGAUUAAAAAAAAAAAUCAGAUGGUUAUACAUGCUUAUUGCGUACAGCUUUAUAAUGACUUAAACAUCUGUUUUUGAGAUUAAUGUGCUAUCUUAAACUUAGUGAUGAAGAUUUGGUUUGGUGCUUCAACAAUGAAUUAAAAAAAAAAAAAA